GUUAGCCUCAUUGCGCACGAGCGUCGUCUAGCAUGGCACAUUAUUAAGAGAAACAUUUAGCACAGGGCGAGAAGCCAAGGGAAGCUGAGAAAAAAACUUUGAGACGUGCUUGCUGAGAAAAGGAUCACCAUCGGUCCUUUACUCGGUCCCAUUCCCCCGCCAUCCGAUUCGCACCGCUGCAACACGCCCUGAUGACGACGUAGGUGCUAAUCGCGAGUGUGGUUCUUCAGUUCAUAGCGAAGUUCCUACCUUACACCUUCUUAUGUGCCUUUUUUCGCCGAUUGAGACGCGGAAUACUAUAGUAGUCUAUGCUUGCCGCUCGCCAACUCCCUGUGGAUACCUACUAGAUGAAUCAGGCCAGCAUGACCACUCCGCGACGGAAGGCAUGUGUCGAGUGCCGACAGCAAAAGAUCCGAUGUGAUGUCGAGCAGCACAAGGUACCGCAUGACCCAUGCGGUCGCUGCAAGAAGAUGGGCCUCGAAUGCCGCAUUCUUCCCACGUCAACUAGGAACUUGCGCCAAACAAAGGCAGAGAUGCGACGCGAAUUGGAAGAGUUGCGAUGGAAUAUGAGGCAAGGGCAGAAUCCUGGCGAUGCAAACUACCCACAAUCGACAGCAUCACCGACCGUCGACAUGCAAAACUACGCUCCGCUUGAACACGCUUCGGGCACAUAUUCUGAUCCUUCCGGAAGGACAGAUGCAUCAGAUUCAAUGUCACCAGCUUUCGACUCGAGGCCGCCGACGCGAAAAGGCUCCGAUCAUCACGGCACUGUACCGCGUGUGAUAGACGGCUACUUGCUCGAUUCAAAGAGAAUUGACGAUUGCUUCACCAUUUACUUUACCCAAUACCAUCCGCUGUUUCCUAUCUUGGACCCUUCAAUAGGGCCGAAUGACUAUUAUGACCAAUCGCCGUUCUUGUUUUGGACUAUCGUGGUCACGGGAUCGCGGCGGUACUCUGAACAUGAAGUCCUCGAAAGGACGAGUCAGCCCAUCACCCAGCUCGCAUUCUCUUCGAUGGCGCUACGCACCUCACAAGUUCCGAUCAUCCAAGGUCUACUGAUACUCUGCACAUGGCGGCUACCUACCAACUCAAUGUACAAAGACACGACACACCUCAUGUGUGGAUCGGCAGUACAUCUAGCAACACAAAUUGGUCUGCACAUAGCAGGUGUCGGCCAGGACUUUGCUAGGACACCACUCGAGAAGGACCAGUCGCUCAAGGUGCAACGCGCCAGACUUUGGCUGUGUUGCGUCAUCGUUUCUAUAAGAACGAGUUGUGUUGAAGGUAUACCGCCUCUUGCUGAAUCCUUCUUCGAUGGCGACGAGCAAGACCGAGAAGACAUGGUUCCAUACCUCCCGUCUGACCUACAGUUUUUGCACAAAGUCUACAUCAUCCUCAUGCGUGCCAUGGUAGCCAUGGGCAAGACCAACUUACAAUCCAUUCACUGUGAUGUUCGUGUACUGCGGUCGUUGAUCGGCAUAUUCGACUCCCAACUCCUCAGUUUGGCCCCGUCUUCUCCAAGUGAACUUGAUACCCUGCAACUUAGCUGUGCACGUAUACACGUUAUGGCGUUCCAUUUCUUUGCUCACCCCACGAACCCUGGACCCGAUGCUGAGGGUCUUUCACGAUUCUACUCCCUUUGCAUCUCAGUAAUCCAGUCCGCUUCGACAAUGCAAACGACACAGAAAAUAUUUCUACCCUCCGUCUCGCAAUCAUUCAUUGACCGAACUAUCACUCUCGCCGGUUUUACUAUUCUCAGACUUGUUCGAAGUCCGCUCGCUCAACAUCUGGAUGUACUUGCCGGCGAACGAGCUUUCUCACAAGCGUAUGAUUUCCUUAAGAAUGUCUCGUUACAACCAGGAGAUAUCCAUUUCCGGACUGCGCACAUCAUGAAAGAUCUGUGGGGUAGCGACAAGGUGUUCCGUAAGAAGGAUGGCCGUGUGGAAUCGCUGUAUCUGAGGUUGCGGACGCGAUUGAGCAUGAGCAUCAGCUACGACAUGUUCUGGUACUGGCGGGAAGAGUUCAGCAACAUGAAGAAUCCGUACGGCGACGAAGUGACUCUUUCGCACGAGAACGUCCAGCAGAACCCUCCUCAAUACCCAUCUCAACAACAACACCAACAGCAGCAGCAGCAGCAGCAGCAGCAGCAUCAACAACUCCCGGAUCCCUCGAUGAGACAGCAACAACUCCCAGUGACCAAAUUCGACCCCAGCUUGGUGAAUCCUCAGAUGCAACAGGAUCCAUCCGUAAUGAGCUUCGAUGCCUGGGAAGGUCCAGAUUACGGAGUGCCGCCAAUGCUUGAUCAAUUUCCCGAUUACGACUGGGCGGCCGGCUUUGAAUUCUCGAAUGCGGAAAUGCCCAAUGUGCCGGUUGGUCCUAUGAAUCCAAUGAUGACAGCACCAGGGCCCGGAGGCGCACCGAAUAUGGCAUACACCUACGGUUAGACGUCGAGGAUCCGUGUGAGGGGAUGAAUCGGGCGCGAUGGAAGAGUAAUAAUAGCGGUUUCUCGCCUGGUGCGGGAGUUGAAGCGUUCAGAUACCGUAUACCUACUCAGAUACGCAAUACCAUGGAUAUUACUUUACCCCGAUCGUCCGUUGAAGACGCCAGCUACGGUCUACGGAGACCUCCCAAACGUAAAC